GCGCAGCGCACGGUGCCCCGUCUGGGACUCCUGGGUGGAGACCGAGUACCAGGCCCUGGUGCGGGAGGUGAACGCCAGCGUCCCGAACACAGAGCCCUACUACAUGCAGGUCCUGAAGACCUGUGAGCUGGACGAUGCCACCGGCGCCAUCCGAGCCGUCACCCGCUAUGCCCUCAACGGGGAGGACGUCCUGCGGUACCAGUCGGACCAGAACCGCUGGUUCUCAGUGCACCCGGCGGCCUGGCGGGUGGCGGAGCGCUGGAACCGGGCCGGGGAGAUGGUCGGGGUCAUGAAACUCUUCAUGCCCCAGCAAUGCCGCUUCUGGAUCGAGAACUCGGCACCUUUCACAGCUCAGAAGACAGCCCAGCCCACGGCCCGCGUGGUCCUCGUCCCAGGGACCCAGGCCCAGCCGCGCCGCCUUGUCUGCCACGUGACGGGCUUCUACCCCCGCGACAUCGAGGUGACCUGGGAGCGGAGGGGCCAGGUGGCCCAGGGGGAGCAGCUGAGCAGUGGAAUCCGGCCCAACGGGGACCCCACCUUCCAGAUCCAGGUGUCCAUCGAGCUGGGGCAGAAGAGGGCUGGCCCCGCAGAGCACGUGUGUGUGGUGAGACACAGCAGCCUGGGGAACACCCCCCUGAGGGUGACGUGGGAUUCCCAGGCCAUGGGCCAGGCUCUGCUCCCAUUGAUCGUGGCUGGCUGCAUCCUCUCCCUGCUGGGCCUCGGGGCCCUGGGCUGGCACCUGAGGAGGAGUCAAGGAGACAAGAAAGGGCCGUACAGCCCAGCCCAGACACAACCAUGGACUCUCGGUUCUGCUGCAGCCAUGGCUAAGGCAGCGGGAAGUCCCGUUUCCACCGUAUAUUCUCUCCCGAAUGCCACGGAGUGACCGGAUCUGGAGCUGGCUUGGUAGUGGAUAUCGGCUUCGGCUGGACCACCCCUAGCAGAGGGAAGUCAUCAGUGAGGAGAACAUGCUACUGGGUGGAAUGUGCCUCUGUGAGCCUCCUUCCUGGGCUGUUCUCCAAUGUACAAUCACUCCUGUAUCCCAUAACUAGAAUCUAGAACCAGAAAGUACCUCAAAAGGGCAGCAAGUCCAGCCCCCUGUCCUCCCGACAGGGCCUAGCGCCAUCUAGAUAAUCCCCAAUAGAUGUCUAUCCAACCUGCUCUUAACACCAGAGCCUGUCUAUGAGGCUCCAGUAGGAUUUGAACUCUCAACCCCUGUGUUACAAGGCCACUGCUUGAACCCUGAAACGAUGGAGACAGCCACUUGAUUGUUCUCUGGGGGUUUGUGGCACAUUUGGAUGCACGACUCAGCAAU